AUGCUUGAAACCCAGAAAGCCCCUGAACACAGCGGAAGCUCCAAAUCUGGCACUCCGAAUCUACAUAUCGAAAAUGAAAUCUAUCAAGGGCCCACCUCCCUACAUGAUGAUGUAACAUCUAUGUAUGAGGAGUUCAAUCUUGAUGGACAAUCCCAUCCCCCAUCCCCACACUCAGAAUACGUAAGCAUGGAACCUGAAUAUUCCAAUACUAAUACACAGAUCACCAAUGAGACCCAUAGUGACAACCAAAUAACCAAAAAGAGGCAUAUUGAAAUCUCAUCAUCUGGCUCACCGCAACCCACGAAUCUGGGUAACAUCUACAACUACUUUUCGAAGCAACCUAGAAACAACACCGCAGAUCCAGAAAACUAG